GGCGGUCGUGUAAGUUGAAUUCCGCAAAGAAACGUGGUGCAAGCAACACGGACACCAUAGUCAAGUCAACAUAGCCUACGAAUCAUGGACGGCACGCAACAGCAGCGUGUCCUAGCCGACGGCUGGGGCCAGCAGAGCUCGGGCAGCGUCUUCUGUGCCGACUCGAGUCUUCGCUACAUCUACGAGAGCAACGGUCAGCAUGCGCCCACCUCUCGGCAGGCCAUAGGCGGCUACAGCAACACAAAUAAGGUGCAACCUCAGGUGUACGGCAAAAGCAACUCCGUCAGCAACAUGACUGUUGCUGGCAAGCGCCCUCGCGACUUCUCAAGCGAGAACCCUCGGCCCAACGGAGGCGUAGACCUCUUCGAAGCGGAGAUCGCCCGGGCCUGCACUGCUAUCCGUAAACAAACCGCCAGUAUGCCUCACUCGUACCGCGAAUGCUCAGUGUGUCUGAGCGCCAAUGCGUACGCUCAGAUCUCGUCAUGUGGCCACACUUUCCACCCGAACUGCUUCCUUCGGUGGUUCCGUCUUAACCGUUCGUGUCCUCUAUGUCGUGGCGUUGUGGACAAGGUGCAACUGGCUCAAACGAUCGGUGUACAGGACGAACUGGAGGCGAUUAUGGCCGAGAUCGACGACGAGCCGUUGCAGCUAAUGCGAGAUGCCCAGCAACUGCCUCGCUCGGAAUCCGACGUAGCUGCUCUAGACGACCCGUUGUUGGCUAAUUCGGACCAGUUAAUGUCGUUCCUCGAGUCUGAUUUCGAUACGGACAUGGAACUCGCCGCGUUGGAUGAUUUGAGUUCAUCUCCAGGCUUCGAGCUGGCCAUGAAGCAAGAAGCUGAUGGCGAUGAGACGAUGAGUAUGGAACUCGACGAACUAGUGGAUAGUGGAGACAAACAAGAGGGUAUGGUUACACCGGGUUACGCGGCACCGAGUAACUUCGCGCCACAGUUUCCGCCUGCGUCAGCUAUGCCAAAUUACUGGAAUGUACUGAAUCAAGGGAUUGCACCACCGAUCAUGCCUCCAGCCCCUGCCGUGCCGCCGUACGUGCCCAACCAUCAGAGAAUGGUGCAUAUUGCACCCAAACCCGAUGCGCAACGUGUUCGAUCCCCGGUUGCGACGACUGCGAGGGCGACGGAGCCGACGUUCAAGAUGCCAGUGCCACAAGCUCCGCAGCACAGUCAUCAUCAUCAUGUAGUGCGCUCUACCGCUCCCACGGCACCUCGCGUCGUGUCCUGCAGAUGCACUGGGGGCUGCAGGAAUGGCCGUUGUGCCUGUGUUAAGGAAGGCGGAAUGUGUGGCGCCUCGUGUCGCUGCACGUCCUGCAAGAACCCUUUCUUGAUGGUCAAAGCGGCAGGUGCAGACAUCGACGCUUUGUUUAAGGACGAUUGCUUCAUGCACAACGUAUCUAAAACCCGAGAUAUGGUGGUGCGGCUACAGGAGCCUGUGGCUGUGCCAUGUUGCGAAGCCACGAUCAAAGUCGUGGACUGUGUGCAGGGCUACACUUGUGUACCCUGCAAACGUCGUUACGACUUUUCGUGGUGCAUGAACAAGCUUGUGGACAGUGAACGUACCCCGCGUAACCACUGUGCGAUCUGCAAGCGAUGUUGCGACCAUCGGGACGUGCAUUGCCACGACUGCGGUCGCUGUUAUUUCGCAGGUGUGGCUGCAAGUCUCCCGUGUCCGUGUAAAGAGGCAUCGAGUCACAAGAAACGCCGCGAGGCUGCUGCAAAAGACAAGGCCGAGGAAGCAGAGGAAGAAGCUGAAGGCGAGUGCUGUAUCAUGUAGCGAAAGUCGAACUUUAUUCAUUCCCAACUCCAC